AUGGACCUUGGAGAUCAAGUGGGAGAGAAUGGUAGAAGAAGAAAGGAGAGAACAGAGAGCAGUAGCAGAGGAAGCAUUGCGCUGAUGGUGGUGAAGAAUCAAAGCCACCACAUGGUGGCUGUGAGGCUGAAUGAGCAAUCGGGCAAAAAGAAAAAGAAUACAUUUAUCAACAGAUUUUGGCUCCCAAAAAUUACCUUGUAUUGUGAUUGA